UACAGAUGCAACCGUAAAUGCCAUUCGCUCGACCAUCGCUCGUGGAAAUUCACCAAAUUACCCGGCAAUUUUCGCCCGACCAAAAACCACCUUUGCUCCUCCGCGAACGCGCUAAUAAAACCGCUCCCGCCGAGCUCCGGUACUCUCAGUAGAACCUUCGAACAGCACCAUGCGAGUACCAGCCCUGUUGUGCGCCUGCCUGGCCUUGGCCCAAUGUCGCGUCCUCACCAAAUCCGAGCUGUUCGAGCGGAUCAAAUGCGACAGGACAGAUCCGGCCUUCGACGGGUGCCUUUUGGACGCCGUCAGGGCCUCCCUGCCCGAUUGGAUGGAUGGCGUUCCGGACCUGGGGAUUCCCCCGCUCGAUCCUCUCGUCUUGGACAGCUUCCGGUUCGAUCCCGUCGCCAAUCCGGCCGUCAAUUUCACUCUAAACCUGCGCAACGUCCGAGUGACGGGCCUCAGAGGACUCAUCGUCGAUGGCUUGAAGGUGGAUCCGAAUAACAUGUCGGGACGGGUUAAAGUGAGGCUGCCUCAUAUAGAGAUGGUGUCCGAUUAUGAUGUGAAGGGACGCUUUGGAAUGAUGGAAGUGGACGAUAGUGGACAUUUAGAAGGGGAAUUUGACGACAUCAAAAUCGCAGCUAAAGGUAACCUAAAACCCUACAAACAAGACGACGGGCGCACAUACUUAAAAGUAAACAAACUACGCCUAGACAUAACCAUGGGCAACGCCAACAUGAAAGUAGCAUCCAAAAACAAAGACUUUCAAAGCACCAUCGACAUGGGCUUGGAGUUGUUCAACCGAAACGCGGCCCAAAUGCUGGGAAGGGCCAACGCCAUGUUCGGGGAACAAGCUGCGAUGUACGCCAAGCGAAUGGCCGAUGAGGUUUUGAGCAAGCUCCCUCUACCGGACCAAAUGCUCUAACUCGUCCCUCUAUAACUUGCGGAGACGAUGCUCUAACUCUAAGUCUCCAACUCCGAACAGGCCUACUAAUAAUUUGUUAUACGAUCGUUGUACCGAGUUAAUUACAUGCACGUAACGGAUAUUGAGCAACUUAAUUAAACAUGUUUUAUUUUUCUUUAGCAUUAGAUAGUCGAUAACUGAUUGUAUGUAAUUAAAUUAACGUAAUUAAUCUGAUGGAAUUCUGUAAUAAGCUUGGUUAUCGGGUGUAAUUAAAUUGGUGUCGAAAGCAUUUCGAAUCGAGAGUGUUGCGUUCGUAAACAUUAAAGUGUACUCGAUAAAUAGUCGCGAUGUAAUCGAAGGGUGCUAUGGGUGGUAAUUGGAAAUUGUUAAUUGAUAAAACGACAACAAUAACACUAGCUAGAUUUGUGUAAAAUAAACGUGCAAACGAGUUGUGAUGAAUUAAAUGACCUUUGAAAUCGUGUAAA